AUUGAGUAAGCAACUCAUGUCAUGCUUCUGACUAAUUACACCGGAUGAAGCUAUCGAACUCUAAACAUUUUGAUCGUUCGUUACAUCUUCAGCGCGCGGUGGUACAUAUUUCAAUCUUCCUCCCAUUUAGCUCGCUGUUUGGUGUAAAUCGAAACUGAUUUAUGUCUGAGCCGUGGCGGCGGCGAUUUUCUGCUUCAAAAAAGGGGCUCACGCAUUUAAAACGCGUCUACUGGCCGUCUGUGCGUCCCUGUUUGUGUGUGUACAUAAAAACAUGCAAACAGAAUCGGGGUUGUGUUGAUCGUCUUUGGUUUGGUAACGAGCAUUUUCGUGUUCCAUCUUCGCUCUUUUCCACACUUUGCUCGCUUGAUGGAGGGAGCCGGCCUCUGUUCGGGGAAUACGCUGCCAAAAUAAACAUAUAUUCGAUAAAUUGCGUAAGCAAUCGAGCACCAUUUAUUAUCAUUAUUGCGCUUGGGAGAUGUUCGGAAGAUGUUCAUCGAGUAAUAAAAGACGAGCAAAACAUUCCAUUGCCGAUUUUGUUGAUGUGCGAUAAAAGCAUGUUUGCAGUUAAGAAUAAAGUGCAUUUUUUCGUGGUAAGAGGCGUCGUCUUUUUGAAGAAUGCAAAAAAACGCGUUAAAAGAUUUCGAUUUCAGGCUGUAGGUCGUUAUGUAAAUAUUAUUGCAUUUAAUUGUAAUGGUUGUCAAUUAAGAAAUCGUGCAGCGAAUGCACAACUGAUACACGGCUGUUUGAUAUGUUGAAUCAUCUAAAAGCUAAACUGUUCUCUCGUACGCUGUGGCGUACGCGUAAGUGAUCUUCGAAACGCUAUCGAGUCGCUCCAGUGUAGGUGCACUUGAGAUGUUUUAUUUGACCGUAUGUUAUUCCGUGAUUUCUUACACAUCUGGUUGGCUGUGGUUGGUGACCUCAUUCUUUGGUUGGCAAGGGAACAAAUUCUGCUGGUCGCCGCAGGAGACGCUUAAAUGAUUUCUUAUUUCGUCAUCAACUACGAACCGUCGAACCACAACAGUACAGCGAUGGGCGUACAUGUGUGCUCAGCAAUGUUUUUUUUUUAAAUUUAAAUCGAUAUUCAAUUUAGAUUUUAUGAAUGUUUGGCACAUUUUGCCUCGCUUCAAUAUCGCUUCGGUAUCUAAAUUAGCAUUGAGAAAGUCUGAACUGUGUACUGCUACAAAUGGUUUCCAGCAUUGCUCUAGGGCAGGGUUCAAAUCACAUGAUAAGGAUAAAUUCAUAUUAAAACAAUUUUUGAAUAAACGAAUGUAAAGCACGCUAUUAAGGCAAGUCGAGAUCGAAAUUGGUUAUUAAGUUAAAUAAGAAGAAGAAGAAGAGAUAAAUAAUGUCCCGAAAUGCAGAAUAUGACUUACAAUCAUGACUAGAUUAGAGUCUAUUUAAUCCAAUUAUAUUUAAAGUACUAAAAUGUAAAACUAAUCACCAGUGUUACGGAGGGAAUUCUUUAAUCUAGAAAGUAAAAGCCCUGAUGUUGCUCUGUGAUUUCCCUUCAUUGGAUUGUAGAUUACUGAACCCAGUUUGUAAACAAUUUAAUAACCAACGCAAUGAGAUACAUUCAGAAUGUGUGUUUGGUAUUUUGGUUAAUAUGUAGAACAAAUCUUGUUGUUCAGAAACCGCGUAUUGCGUAAUUGACUGUAUGGAGCUACAUGCUCAAUGUUAGGAGCCUAGGAAGCGAAAUUGAACUCCUGGAGUUUGAAGGAGCAUACGGAUCGAAAUUUAGAAUAGGUAUCUCAAAUGAGAGUACAAAGCUACAUUGACCGUACGGAGCUAGACUGAGUGUAUUGAGCUACAUUAAGCAUACGAAGCAUAAGCAUUGAGUGUAAGGAGCUAAAUUUAGCGUAUCUUGACCGUACGGAGCGAUGGUGAGCGUUAGUAUCUACAUUGAUCUUUUGGGGCUUGACUUGUAUCGUAAAUGGGAGUACAAAGCUACAGUGAACGCACGGAGUUAGAAUGAGUGUAUUGAGCUACAUUAAGCCUACGAAGCUACAUUGAGCGUUCGGAGCUACAUUGAGCGUAAGGAGCUACAUUAAGCUUAUCUUGACCGUACGGAACGAUGUUCAGCGUUAGGAUCUACAUUGAUCUUUUAGGGCUUGACUUGUGUCUCAAAUGAGAGUUGUAUCUCAAAUGAGCUAGACUGAGUGUAUUGAGCUACAUUAAGCGCGCGAAGUUUCAUUAAGCGUUCGGAUUUGUAUUGAGCGUGCGGAAGUACAUUAAACAUGUGGAACUACAUUGAGCAUUACAGAAGCUUCAUUGAACGUCCAAAGCUCUCGGUCCUCGUCAAUGAUUGAGCAGACGUCCUCUCCUGUUUGAAAAGAGUUAUUAUUUUAUAGUCUGAAAGGAAGGUCGAAUGACGCAUUGAUUGAAAAACCUACUUUAAAUUUAAAAACCUCCCUAAUUGUUAGGGAACUGUCAUCGAUCUGUUCUAGUGCUUGUUCUGAUCGAAAUAAUGGCAGGAUAAAUUCCAAUCAAAUCUCACUUUGUUCACCACCCCUGACAUACAUUUAUGAAUCUCACUGUACUUAAGCCACCAUUACCGAAUGGUUUCGUUGCGAUCGUAAUCGACCGAAACCUGCGCAGAAGGUUCUGCGUGUCUAGAUGCCUCGUUCAAUUCUCUUCUCGCCUUUUUCUCUCUUUUCUCUCUCGCGCUCUCAACAUUCUUGGCUCAUCGCCCACAUGGCCCACAUACCUAGUGGGCCUUGUCCCGGGUUUUCCGAUGUUUUCCCACUUAGUUUUUCCGACGCUGUGAUACGAUCCGGCAAAGAAUACUCAGCCCGCCACGGACGGCUCCCGUGAAAUCGCGCGUGGUUCGUGUAAUCAACGGCAUCAAAACACACGCCAAAGGACGCGGGUGCAUCGCUUGUGUGCUUGCUUCACAUUCAGUUUCCUUUGUGUUGUUAAAUUGCUUGUGCAAAACGGCGUGAGUGGAGUUCCGAAACCCCUUCUUUCCCGGACGAAAGGAGCAAUCCCCACACCGCGCAUAAGUCCACCGUCAAUGUGAUCGCGUUUGUCGCUUACCCACGACGUUUUUGUUUUUGCUUGGCGCGAUGCACAGAAAGGAACAGAAAGGGCGGUUUGAACAGGCGCCGGCCGCACCGAGUCUCCCACCGACCCUGGACGGGCUGAACAAUGUCAGCGAUCUCAUAAGCAAGUUCGAGGUACGCAACUAUCCUAUAAAUAGAGGACUGCUGCCCGAACUAUCGUCGCCCAGGCCGACGCCGCCGGGAUACGCCGGGAUCGUCCCGGGUGCGGCGGAGUGGUACCGUGGUGCCUACCAUUAUUCGCCGACUCAUUCGCCACCGCUCGGGCAAACGCGCCGACGAUCGGCCAACGGUGGUGUUCCGUCGCAGUACGACUCCGCCUAUCUCAGCGAUACAGCCUCUCUCAGUGACGGAGCGGAUAGUGUAAGCCCCGGCGGUAGAAGGAUGGAUGAUCGUGCCCGGUUUCUUCGUGCCCACCAGGGUGGAGUUUACUACCAGAAUGGCUCACUGUCUUCGCUGAACGAAUCCGACUACUACGAGGAUAUUGGGUUUGAUGUUGGACCACGAACGCCACCCAGUGGACGCUUCUAUGCCCCACAGCAACGCCGUGGCGAUGGUGCCGUCCUGCUGGAGGAAGUUGAGGAGGUGCCGUUGAGUAAGGAACAGGUCACUAGCUCGCUGACCCGCUUCGGUGCCAUACUGCAGAUGCUGUCGCGGAUCCCGUUCCCCCGGAUGUCCGUCACCGGCAUGGGGCUUUGCUCGCUCGUCGCCAUCUUCUUCUGUCCGCGGGCGAUCGGUUCGAAUAUACUGUUUCCCGGUUUCAGACUACUGUUCGGUACGCUGUACCCGGCCUACGCCUCGUACAAGGCGGUGCGAACGAAGAACGUCAAGGAGUAUGUAAAAUGGAUGAUGUACUGGAUUGUGUUUGCGUUCUUCACCUUCAUCGAAACGUUCACCGACAUACUGCUGUCGUGGUUUCCGUUCUACUACGAAAUUAAGGUGAUCGUCGUCCUGUGGCUGCUGUCACCGGCUACCCGCGGUAGCUCGACACUCUAUCGCAAGUUUGUGCACCCGAUGCUGACACGCCGCGAACAGGAAAUAGACGACUACAUCAAUCAAGCCAAAGAGAAGGGUUACACCGCCGUGCUGCAGCUGGGCUCGAAGGGUGUUAACUAUGCCACGAACGUUAUCAUGCAAACGGCCAUCAAGGUUUUAGGCACUAAAACUGACACCCCAUUCGGUAGCAUGAUGCGCAUUAGUCAAUCCGAUAACUCACUGCUAAUGAGUGCGGCCGCUGCAGCAGCUGUCCGUGCUUCCGGUGCCGAACCGGCACGCCCUAACGGCUUACUACACACUAACACGCGCGAUACGACGGACCAUGCGACGUCGGGCGAAGAUGAGCAUGAGGGGCAAAUGGUCACUGCCGCCACCGCCGGCACGGCGACGGGACGCGUCCGGCGUUCGCAAUCGGUUGACUCGGCACUGAACAGCAGAGGAGGAGGAGGAGGACGGGCAACGAUGAGCUCCAGUCGCAGCAUGACACGUGCCCGGGCACAGCAGCAGCAACAGCCCGCCAUCAUCUACGAGAUGGACAGCGAGGAUGAGGAACGGUUCCUGGCGUCCGAAACGGAUCUUAUACUGGGGACCACUUCGAGUGCUACCACCACUGCGUCGUCCGCGGCUGGCGGUGGUAGAAUUCGUGGACGAGCGCGUGCCAUUACCACGGUCAGUGCGGAGGAAGAGUCCGACGGUACGGAAGGUGGCAGUGUGGCCCGCGCCAGUGCCUCGACGAGGGCGAAAGGUACUACCGCCAAGGAACCGGGACGUGCCAAGAAAAGUACCAAAGCGGUCGGAGUGACUGGUGGGAAAGCUGGCACAAAAGCAGCGUCCAGUGCUGCUGCCGGUGGACGUCGGAAAGUGAAUGGGAUCGCUGCCGCCGCUGCCGCCGAGGUGGAGAGUGUAGAGAUGGGCGUUGAGAUGGAUGUUGUGUAGGCAGCGGGAGUUAUUGCUGGUCGAUAUUAUAGGGCACACAUUCCAGAAAAUGAUACAAGAAAAAACGAGGAUUAACCUACUAGCAACUCAGGGCAAUAAUGAGACAGGUUCAGGGACACUCGUACGUACAAGACGGAAAGGACCAAAACGAUCCAACCGAUCCCUUAACGAUCGUGUUUUACUAAAGAGAUUUAAAUAGGACGAUACAAAUGCCACCUGUCUUUGCUUUGCAAUGAACUAAUUCAGGGAGCCCGUGCAGAGGGAUGGCUUAUAUGCGGCUAACCCCUUCGAUCCUCUAACGCGCUUGGUUUGCUCUUGUCUUCUAACGAACUUCAAAUUAAUCUUUUUAAAACGUUUGUGCGUGUUUAGUUGUUUCUUUUCACAUUGUCUGUUGAUUGUGUUAUUUUUCUCUUUUUUCUGUGCACAACUGGGCAAUUGUCGUUCUCUCUUUCUCUCUUCCAUUACUCUCUCUCUCUCUUCUAUUGCAGCACGUACCAACUGAACAGCUUCUGAAUCUGACGCUCAAAUCAAACGAAUCGUAACUGGUAGUAGAAGUAGUAGUAAACAAACUCAUGUACCAUGAUUUCAUACACACACACGCUCUCUCUCUCUCUCUUUCUUUCUCUAUUGCGCAAGAGUUUGAAGGGUGUUGCCGCGUAGAAAAAAAUGAAUUUUGGUGCAAAUCACUGGGAAAUUAAAGAGAAGAACCAAAAUUAAAAUCAGCCGUCGUGUGUUUGUUUACGUUUUAGGAUUUAAGGGGGCCAAAUGCUAUAAAGCUUAAAUUACGAACAGGUUGGCUUUUCUUUUUGUGCUUAAAACAGGAAAAAAGAACCAAUUAGCUGCUUGUCUUGAAUUUAUAGUUUUCGGUUGGAAGCAGAUCUCGAAUAACUGCCAAGGGAAGGGAGUAGAGCAAUGAUAAACACGUACGAAAAGACAGAAAGGAACAGUUUAGGACUGCGACAAAACUUUUGAUGAAGUGGAGGUGUGUAAAGGACAUUAUAGAAAAAGUUAAGUUUGUUUGUAUAGCACAGCAAAACGAUUUACAAAGGAAGGAUUUGUCACACAAAUUGUUUCGGUAGGAAGAAAUCUAGCAAAAGCCGUGGUGGACUUGUCACGUUUAUGUUUAGGAUCAAAACGCUCAAAGUAGUAGUAAAUGUAGCUUAACGCAGGGGCAUUUUUUUAUGUGAGAGUUGAGACACGCAGAGCAGAUUGAUACGGUAACUACGGUAAUUGGUACUCCUUCUCGACUGACCAUUGCUUUAGAAUUUCAAAUUGAUGAUACGAAUAAAGUUAAGCGAAAGCCGAUGUAACCGA